UCAGAAAAAAGUAAAUAGAAAAACAAAAUAUAGUGAGGACUGUUAGUCUGGAGGAAAAAGAAUUUACCACGCCUCUGAGAGGAAGUAGAAGUCUCAGAAAGAGCCAGUUUCAGUUUUUGACAGAAUGGUAAAGAAUGCUGUCUGCCUGGAGGUCUCCGCUGCCGGUCUGCACUGCCAAGCAUGAUGUGGCUGUUCCCGUCCGUUGCACUGGUCUUCUGCCUUGGCCCAGGGAACACAGUUUCACAAACCAGCUCAACCCCGCUGAUGGUGGCCGGGGUUCUGGGGGAGGCAGUAACUCUUCCCCUGCAGCUUUCUGCAGGAUGGGAGACUGAGUACAUCACCUGGCUUCACAAUGGAACAUCGGUCAUCUUCAUACAACUAAGUGAACUGCGAAGACCACAAGUCAUCGUGAUGGACCCACGACGGAAAGAUCGGCUGCAGGUCACUCAGUCCUACUCCCUGCAGCUCAGCAACCUGAUGAUGGCAGAUAUGGGAACUUACCGCGUCCAGAUGGGCACAAAGACCUCCAUAUUGUUUUCUGAUUACACGCUGAGGAUCUUCAGUGAGUCAAGGAGUGGGAUUUAACUAUGUAUGGGCUAGAAGAUAUUACAUAUUCCAG